AUGUUUACCUCAUUUUUGAAUGAAUAUAUGAUUACUUAAAAUAAAGUAGAAGCUAUAGUGAUGAUUGGCAUAUAAUUCGAAGGUGCUCAAGACUUCUUAUUAAAUACACCAUCUUUUGAUUAUUUAAAUUAUAAUUAGAGCUACCAUGAUAAUAAACUCAAUUUAAGAGGUGGAGGAUGUGUAAAAUCUUAAAUGGACAAUGUAAUUGAUGUAAAACUUAAAUCAGAUUAAAAUUUAAUGAUUUCAUCAUAACAGCCUGACAACUAUCAAACCAAUUUGAAUGAGUCUCUAAAAUUUAUUGUAGAAGAAGCUUAAUGUAUAGGUGAUACAACUAAAAGAAAUGAAGUCCUUAUGAAAAUAUAAUGGUUUAUUUAUAAUAGAGAACAUUUAAAUUACUUUUGUGUUAAUGAAAGAGAAACAAAUAAAAUAUAUGGAUUGGUGUAAGAAAAUUUUGGAAAUAUGUUAUCAGUGCUUACAACUUAUUUAAGAAUUUCUGGGUUUAUUUGCUAUUAAAUAUUAUAAAUUUGUAAUGAAUUAUUAAGGAUAAUAUAUGCCUUUUAAUUAAACAAUUCUUAAAGAUGUUUUGAAGUUUCUGUACAAUAAGAUUAUAUAUAAAAGUUAUCUGAGUUUAAUACUUAAUUAGAAAUUGAAUAAGCAAAUGCUUGGAAGACAGGAAUGGAAUUUGAAAUAACCAUAAUGAAAAUAAUGAUAAUAAAUUCAUAAACUAAUUCAACUGAAGGAACAGAUUUAUUAAUUGAUUUUUUUAUUGAAGCAGGAAAAUCAAUUGUAUCUUUUUCACCAACUGAAGAUUUAUUAUCAACAAUUAUAAGUGGAGGCCAAUUUCUAUUAAAAAAAGGAAUUGAAAAAUAACAAUAUCCAAAAGAAACUUAUUAAACCUAUUAUUUAUUUUAGUUAAUCAAAUGGUCUAUCAUUAGAUAAUUAAAAUCAAAAUAAUCAGUCUAUAAAUAAAUUUAAUAAUUAAAAGAUGUCUUUUAAUAAUAUAUACUAGUUUCUAAUAAUUGGAUUCUACAUUUUUGUUGGAUAUAAAUGAUUACUGAUAUCAUUUCUUAUCGUCCUAUUAUUGAUAAAACUAUAUUAUUUUAAAAAAAACCUAAUCAAUUAUCAAAUAAGUGGAAUAAUCUUAUUGAAAAUGAUUUGAUACAAUGUGUCUUAUAUAACAAAAAUGAAGCUAUAAUGACAUUGUUUUAAGAUAAAUCAAAAUAAAUUUAUGAUAUUGAAAUUACUGAUUUUUUGGAGGUUUAUGGGAAAAAAAAGUUCUUAUUAUUUGUAUAAUUUCUGUUAAAAGGAGAAUUUGCUCAAAAUAUUAAUCAUUGGGAUUUUUAUAAAAAUUUUAAUUUUAAAUAUCAAAAAGAAAAAAAAUAAGAAGAUUUUGAAAUUAUUUUAGCUAAUUAUGAAUAAGAAAUACUUUAAAAAUUAAUUAACAAUUUAAAAUUUUAAAAAGAUGAUUUUAUUACAAUUUAUCAACAAAUUUUGCAUUCAUUUCAUAAUUAUUUUAAAUAAGAAUCCUAGAUUCCAAUUUAAAUUUUUUAGGAUGAUUAAUAAGUUUCUAUAAGACAAUUUUAAGGGGCUUAUAAAAAAUUAAUUUUAUUAUGUAAUUAUAUUUAAGAAUUAUCAUUGUUUGAAACUGCUAAAUUUCAUAUGCUUACAUCAUAUUUAGAUUAAUUUAAAAUUUCAAAGAAUAAAACAAAUUUAUUAGAUUGUUUAGAAAUGAUUGAUAAUUUUAUAAUGGUAGAUUUAAAUGAAUUUAUUGAUCAAAUUUAAAGUUUUUUCAUUAAUGUAAUUCAAUUCGCAAGUUAAAUUUAUGAGUCAAACAUAUUUUUAGCUAAUAAACUCUAAAAAGAUAUAGAUAAAUUGAUGAACAUAUUAGAAAUAAAUAAUUUUCUAAUUUUUUUUUAAACUUUUGAAACAAAAUUUGCUUAAUUUGCUUUGAAUUUAAAUUAUUUUAAACAUAAUUUUACUAAAUUUAUUCAAAAAGAAAUUAAAAUAGAAAAAAAUAUUUCAAUAUAAGUAGAAAAUAUAGGCAAGAUUAUUGAAAAUAACUAUUAAGGAGAAUGGAUAAUUAAAAUAAUUAAAAAACUUAAAAAUAAUUUAGUUGAAAAACUUUAGUUGUUUAAUUAUUAAUUGAUUAAUUUAGAAGAUGCAUCUUAAAUACUUAUUGAUUGUAAAUUUAACAUUUUAGCUUUAUAAUACUUAAAGUAAUUCUUUAAUAUACAAAAUCAUUACUUAAAGAAAGUUGAGUAGUAGCUUUAAAAUUAUACUAAAAAAUUUGAAUUUCCAAAGGAGUAAGAAGAUAAAAAUUUUAAAGGAAAAGUUAUAGAACUUUUACUAAGUUAAAAAUAAAAAUUGUCUUUGAUGAUAAAUCUGUAAACUUAAGAAACUGAUGAAUAAACUUAUAAAACUUUUUUUAAAGGUUUUGUUUUUUAAAUUUAAUCAGAUUUUGAUUUUAUUAGAAAUGAAAGUUAGACUACAGAAAACUUAGACUUAUGUAAUGAAAUUUUGAAAUUCUUUGCAGAAUCAUAAUUUCUAAUUCUUUAAGUUUAAAAGGAACCUGAAGAACUGCCAUCUUUAAAAAAUCUUAUAACAAAAUAUGAUUAAAUAUUAGAAUAGGUAAAUAAAUUUGAUGCAAAUAAUAAUGAAAAAAUGAAAAAACUCUAAAUUGAAAAUGAUAAUUCUUAAAAUUCUUUUCCUUAAAUUUAAUAGAGAAAUGAGUAAAUGUUAAAACUUAUAAAAUAAUGUAAUAAAUAUUUUAAAUCUUACAAAAAAUUAUUAUAACUUGGUCUAAACUUAAUUUAUUAAUAGAAAUCAAUUUAUAAAUAGAAAUAAAGUUUAAUCUAAUAAAUUUUAUAAAAAGAAUCCUAAAAUGACGAACAAAAAAAGUUCUAAGAUCAAUUAAUUCAAUUAUAAUAAUCUGAAUAAUAAGAUUUUAGCACUUAAAUAAAAAAUCUAAAGGAAAAGAGUGAUAAAUUUUUUAGUGUAAAAGUUAAAACAUAAAUAAAAUAAAUGAUUGAUGGUUUAUAAAUAGAGGAUAAAUAAAAAAAUUAAUAUCAAUUGAAUGUGAAUUUAUAAUUACCUGAAUUUUUAUCAUUUUUCUAUUAAAAGUCAAGUUAAGAAUAUUCAUAAGGGUUAAAACCCGAUGUUAUUAAUGACUCAAUUUGGUAAGAGAUGAAGAAUUGUUAUAUAGAAUUAAAAGAAAAGUUAAUUGAUUCAAUUGAAUUAAAGUCAGAUUACAAAGUUAGAGAAGGUUUAGUUUAUAAUUUAAUAAGAUUAUAAUAAUGUAUUUAAGAGUAAUAGAUUUAUUCAUUUUCUACAAAAUAUUUAUAAUAUAUUUGGGUAUAUGAAAAAGAUUAAAAAGUUAGAAGUCUAUUAAAAAACAAGGAAUUAAUAUAAAUUUAGAAAUUAUUAUUUUCAUCAGAAUUAGAUAAUUUAUCAAGUUCAAUAAAAGAUGAAAUAAAAGAAAGAAUGUAAAAAUUAGAAAACCUUUAAUAGUAAAUAAAGCUUGAAGGAAAUUCUUAAAAAAGGGAAUAACUGUAAUUGGAAUUAAAAUAAACCUAUGAAGAACUAGAUUAAUCUCUUGAUAAUAUUUCAGAAAUGUCAGAGGCUAUGGAUAUUAGUUUAUUAUUUUUAAAAGAUAUAUCAAAAGAUAUAAAGUAAAUAAAAGGUUAAAUUGAGAAUUUAUAAGAAAGUUUAAAUUAAGUAGGUGAUGAUAUUCGUAAAUUAAGAGGAAAAAGAUAUGAUGAAUUAUUAGAAAUUAGAAAAUAAAAGAUAUUAUUUUAAUAAAAAAUAACAGAAAUAGAUUCUGUUUAUAUAUAAUUAUAGACUAUUGAAUAUGAUCCUAGUACUGGAUUAAGUGUAAAAACUAAUGAUAAUAUUGAAAUAUCAUAAUUAAUGGCUGAUAAAUGGAAUGAUUAUUCAGGAGAAGUAAAUGAAUUUAUUUGGAAUGAAUCAAAAUAAAAAGAUGUUAUGUUACUUUCAGGAAAUGCUGGUUCUGGUAAAAGUAAAGCAGCUAGAAAAAUUGAAGAAUUUAUAUGGAAUUAAAAAGGAAUUUCUUCAAAAUGGACUCCAAUAUUUGUAUCAUUACCCACUUUAAAGAAUCCAAAAUAUAAUUUAUUUGAAUAAGCAUUAGAAUCUGAAAACUAUUAAUUUGAUAAAUAUUAAAUAAGAGAAUUUAAAGAAGCUAUAUAAAAUAAAAAGGAAUUCAUUAUUUUAAUAUUAGAUAGUUAUGAUGAAAUGAAAUAGGACUGUAUUCAAUCUAAUCUUAUAAUGACAAAUAAAUUGAUUUAAGAAUUAAAUAUUGAUAAAAUUGAUAAAUAAAUGAAAGUUAUUAUAACAACAAGAAAGGAAAUACUUCAUACAAGUGGAUAUCAAACAUGGUUUUAUGGAGAAAGUCUUUUAACUUUGAAAGAAGUUUAGUUAUAAAACUUUAAUUAAAAAUAGUAGGAUGAAUAUUUAAAUUAAUAUGUUGAAUUGAGUGUUAAAAAAAAAAUAAAGGAAAUAUAUGAAUUUGUUAAAUAAAUAACUGGGUAAAGUUUUAAUUUGGAAGAGUUUAUUUCUAUUUGGAGUUUAAUUUCUUUUUAAGUAAAUAAUUUUAUUAAAAAAUCAAUGAUUAGAAAAUAGGAUAGAAUUUUUUAGGAUAAAGAAGAAGAUUUUAUAAUAGAAAAAAUUAAAACAAAUAAAACUCUUGAAGUUUUAAAAGAUGAAUAAACUAAUGCAUUAAAAAAAGAGUUAUUAUCUUUAUGGAGUGCUAAUAAAUUUAAAACAUCUAUUGAAAGUGUAAAAAUAUAAGAUUUAUUGACAACUCCAUUCAUGUUAGAAAUUAUUGUUUAGGUAUUACCAAAUAUAACCAAAAGAUACUCAGGUUCGACUGAAAUUAAAGAUAUUUUUAUUAAAAAUUAUAUGAAACUAAAAAAGUAAUUAAGGUUUUCUUAAAAUGCUAGAGAAUAUUAUAAUUAAGAAAAUUAACCAUUUUAGAUUUAAUAACAACAAGAUAUACCUAAUUUGGAUGAUGAAUAAAUGCUUGAUAAAUAAAAAGAAGAAGAAUAUUAAUCAAAAAUUGAAAUAGCAAAAAUAAAUGAAAUUAUUGAUAGUCUUGAAAAUUAAAAGUUUUUUUAGAACUAUUCAAUUGUUAGUGUUUUAAAACAUGAAUAAGAUACAAUCUUUUUUGAUGGUAAUACUAUAAAUUUGAAUUCUGAUGAUACUAAUAUCGUAGUUAUGUCUUUAAAAAUGAAAAAGUUUACAGUUUUUGAGUUUUAUGAAAGUUUUAUUAAUUUUUAUCAUGAAUAACAAAUUUAAAAGUAAAGAGAACUUGGUAAAGUAUCAAAUUAUGAAAGUUUUGCUUAUGACAUUUAUUAAUUUUCAUAUUCUUUAGCAUUAGAUAUGACUUUACAAGAUUUAUCUUAAAUUGGUUAUAAACCACAAGGUAAACUUGAUUUAAAAAGUAAUUAUAAGAUUGAACAGGUUGUUGAUGAUUGGCUUAAGUAAUACUUUGAUAUAGAAGAUGAAUAUAAGAAAUUAAUAAGAAGUUGUAUUUUAUUGAGUGCAAAGGGAAGCACAUAUUCAUUUACUCAUAAAUCAAUUUAAGAAUUUUAUGUUGCAAAAUACAUUUUUGAUGUAUUAAUGUCUUUGAAUAAUUUAGAUUCUGAUAUCCAACAAGUAAAUGAUGAUAACUUAUAGAAAAAUUUAUCAAUUUUUUAAAAGUCUAUAUUUAAUAAUUCAAAAUUUAAUAUUUCUACUGUUAAUUUUAAAGGUGUAAUAAAUUUUAUAAGAGAAAAAUUAAAUAAUGUUGAUAGAAUGAAUUAAAAAUUGAUUUAAAUAGUUAAACUUUCAAAGAUGAAAGAUUAAGAUUUUAGUAGAUCGGCAUCAAAUAGUAUAUAUUUAUUGAGUUAAAUAAAUGUCUAUUUGGGAUCUUAAGAUUUUAGUAAGAUUAAAUUAGCUAAUACAAAUAUUUCAGGAUUAAGUUUAUUUGAUUGUGAUAUUAGUUGUUCUAUAUUUUAAAAUGUUGAAAUUAAUUCAUGUAAUUUUAAUUUAGCCGAUUUAUCUAAUGUAUAAUGGUAAAAUGUUAUUUGUAAAGAAAAACCAUUAAUAAAAGGACAUAAUACAAGAAUUUUAGAAGUUCAAAUUUCGCCUAAUGGUCAAUAUAUUGCAUCAACAGGAGAAGAUAAUAAUAUCAAAUUAUGGGAUACAUAGACUUAUUAACUUAUUUAAAAUUUAGAAGGACAUAAAGCUUAAGUUAAUACACUUUCUUUUUCUUCUGAUUCUACUUUACUUUUUUCUGGAAGUAAUGAUUUUAAUAUUGGAAAAUGGGAUUUAAGGAAUAUUUAAUCAUAAGUUUAAUUGCAAUUAUUAGAUUAAAUGAAAAAUAAAGUCUAAAAAGUAUAAAUAUCUCAAGAUUAGAAAAAAUUAUAUUCAUAAGACUCAGAUGGGAAUUUCUAAAUUUUAGAUUUAUCUAAAGAAGGUCAAAGUGAAGAAUGUGUUUUUAAAAUUGAUAAUAAAUUUAUCAAGUUUUUUGCAUUACAUCCAACAGAACCAAUAGUUGCUGUAAUAUCCUAAAUAAAUGAGAUUGAAUUACAUAACUUUUAAACUAAAGAAAUAAUUAAACUUGAAGCUAAUUUAGAUCCUCGAUAUAAUAAAAUAAUAUAAUUAAUAUUUAGUCCUUAAGGAAGUUAUUUGGCAGUAGCUACUUAGAAUACUGUUAUAGUUUGGAAUAUUGCAGUAAAUACAAGUAGUAACUAAAUAAUAUUUAAUUUCUCUGAUAUCAUAUUAACUACAAUUAUAUUCAGUGAGGAUAGUUAAUAAUUAAUAUUUGGUACAAGUGAUUUCAUAUUUAUUAAAGAAAUUAAUAAAUUUCAUAUUAAAUCUCAAGAUUAAUAGUAAAAAUACUAUCAAUUUUCAAUCUCUCCAAAAGGAAAGAUAGCUGCAACUGUUUAUGAUAAAAAACUUAGCAUAUAAGAUAUUGAUUUGGCAUAAAUUAUAAGUUCAAUUGAAUUAGAUCUUUAACCAGAUCGAAUUUAGUUUUCAACAGAUGGUUCCAAAUUAUCUUUAUUUUUAAAAGAUAAUUAAGAAUUUAAAUUAUUUAACAUUUUGGAAGUUCCUACACUUAAAACAAUUUGUUUCAUACCUUGGAAUGCAAACUAUUGGAAUAAAUAUAUAUUAUCAAAUAAUUUUGAAAAAUUAUUCAUUUUAUAAGACAACUAUUCAAAGAUCUUUAAGGAUAAUGAGAAAAAUAAUUAGGAUUAAUAAAACAGAAUCCAAUAGACUAUACUCAUAAACACAAAUAAAAUAUAUAUGGAUGCAAAAAUAAAGAAAUUAAAUCUAUAGAUUAAAAACUUUUGUGUUAAAUCUAAUAGUUAGAUUAUGGCAUACAUUUCAUAAGAAGUUAAUUCUAUUAAAAUUUUUGACUUAGAAAAAAAUUUAUUAAUUCAAGAACUUCUUGAAAACUAAAAUAAAGAUGUUCAGGCCUUUCAAUUUUCGCCAACUAAUAAUGAAUUAGCAAUUGGAUAUUAGGGAGAAAUUUUAUUUUGGAAUUUAGAUUCAUAACCUUUUAAAUUUUAAAAUAGAAUAAGUUUUGGGGAUUUAAUUAUAAAAUCGAUAAAUUAUUCUCCAGAUGGUUCAUAGAUAGUAUUAGUAUUUUAAGAUUUAUUUCAAAUUUAUGAUAUUAAAAGCUGUAGUCUAUUAAAAGUAGUAGAAUAAUAAUAAAUAAAAGGGUAAGUAUAAUUUUCUUAAGAUAAUAAUCUGAUUGGGUUUUAUUUAGGUAAUCCUAAUAAACAUAUUGUUAUUAUAAGUAAGAAUAAGAAUUAUGAAUAAAAAUUAUUAGAUGGUCAUAAAGAUUAAAUAGUUAAAAUAAUAUUUACUCAAGAUUAAAAAUCUAUAAUUUCAGGCAGCUGUGGAGAACUUAUUUUAUGGGAUAUUUUUACAUAUUAAAUUAAGGUAAGAAAGGAUACUGGUUUAAAAGAUUUUAAUUCAAUAAUAUUUUCAUAUGAUACUAAUUUAUUAGCAUUACAUUACAAUGGUGUUGUUGAGAUAUGGAAAUAUUCUGAAAAUGUAUUAAUUUUUAUUGGAUCUUAAGUUUUUGAUCUACCUAUUAUAUAAUUAAGCUUUUUCGAUAAUAAUUAAUUUUUGAUACUUUAAAAAAAUAAUUUAGAAUUAAUUUAAAUAAAUUUAGAUUAUUUUUAAUUUGAAUAAACAUUUGAAUAAUUUUUUGAUUGUGGUGCAAUAUCAUCUAACAAUUUAAUAGCUUUGGUUAAAGGAGAAGAGAUUAAUAUAUUUAGUAAUAACUUUGAGAAAUGUAUAUUUGCUUUUAAAGGAGGUUUAAAUAUAAAAUACUUAAGAUUUUUUGAGACUAAAUAAAACUUACUAUUAAUACAUCAAGAUGAAAAGAUAAAAAUUUGGGAUUAUGAAAAAGGAUUACAGAUUUGUGAAAUAAAGCUUAUUCAAAAUACUUAAAUAUUAUAAUUUGUAAAAGAUGAAAUACUUAUUACAUAGAAUGAAAAGACAGUAAAGAUUUGGAAUAUAAGAGAUUUAAAUAAAAUAAAAUUAUGUGGUUAUCAUUAAGAGAUUGAUAGUUUUUCAAUCUAAGAAGAUGGUAAAUGUGGAACAGGAAUAAAAGAUGGUUAAAAUAUUAUUAUUAAUGAUGUAUUUAAUUUAGAAUUUGCAUUUCCAAUAAACUCAAAUUAAUAUAUUAAGUAAUUACAUAGGUCUAAUUUAAAAUAAAUUUUAAUAAUUUUAUCUUAUACAAAAAGACUGUUUAUUAUAGAAUUAAAUUAAAGAUAAGAACAUUAAUUUAAUGGAGAUGUCAAUGCUAUGGCUUAUAGUUAAUAAAAAGAUUACAUUGUUAUUUAAACAGAAUCAAAAAUUUAGUUAAUUAAAUUUUAGAAGGGUAAUUUUAAUAUAAUUGAUACUUUUGAUUUAUAGACUAAGAUAAAUGAUUGUAUUGUUAUAUUUACAAAUGAUGGAGAAGGAUUCUCAUUAAGUUCGUAUUAUAUGAUAAGAUUAUUUUAAAUUUCAAGAAAUUAAAAACUGAUAUGUAAUGUAAUGCAUUAUUAAUUGGAGAAGAAUUAUAUUAUUAAAGAUCCAUAAUUAAGAUUAGGUUAAAUAUUUUAAAAGUAAGGAGUGUCUAAUAAAUAUUAACUUCUUGCUAUAUUAGAUUAAGAAAAAAAAUAAUUUAGAAUAAUUGACUUAUAAAAAUCAAAAUAAAUAGUAUUAAUUAAAGGUAAAUUAUAUUAUAAUAUGUUCUAAUUAAGCUUUGAUGAAGAAAUAAUAUUUUUUGUUAAUGAUUAUGUUUAAGUUUCAAUUUUAGAAAAUAAGAAUCUAAUAAUAAAGAAGAUUGAAAAUUUAAAAGUAGAAGGUUUUCUAGGGCUUACUUAAGAGCAAUUGGAAGAGAUUCAUUUGUAUUUGUGAAUAAUAAAAAUUAAAUAAUUUAAUUUUCAUUAUCAUCUCAAAGUACUGUAAUAGGGACAACAAAAAAAGACAUAAAUUGUUUGACUUAUUUACAUAAAUAAGAUUGGUUAGCGUUAAGUACAGAUUAAAAUAAUAUAAUGUUUUGGGAUAUCAAAGCAAAAAAGAAUGUUGGAAUUUUAAAAGGACAUUAAAAGAAAAUAAAUUCAUUAUCAGUUUCAUAAGAUGGAAAUUUCAUGGCAUCAUCAAGUGAUGAUAAAGUGAUAAAAUUAUGGAAUAUAAAUAAUAAUGAAACAUUAGAGACUUAGAAAGCUCAUUAAUAUUCUAUAAAUGCAUUAGCAUUAUCUUUAGAUGGUUUUUUAUUGGCUUCUGGAAGUAUAAAAGGAUUAGAAGUUGAUGUGCCUAUUUUUAUAUGGGAUCUUAUAGAAAAGUAACUUAUUAUUCAACUUAAAGGACAUAAAGAUUCUGUCAAUUAUUUAGAAUUCUCUAAUUCUUCUAAAUAUUUAAUAUCAGGAAGCAAAGAUGGAACUAUUAUUUUAUGGAAUAUUGAAUAUCCUAAAAAUACUGAAAUUUUGUAAAUCAUUGAUGAUUUUAACUUUCCUGUAAAUUCUCUAAGUUUUUCUCCAAAAGAAUAAAUAUUUAUUUCUUUUUGUCAAUUAGAUAAUAUUUAAAAAUGGAACUUUAAAUAGAAUGGAAAAUAAGAAAAAUAAAAUUCAAUAACUUUAAAUACUAAUUCUAAAAAUUAUUGUUUUUUUAAAAAACACUAGUUUAUCUAUGUUGAAUAAAUUAAAGAUCAAUUGACAAUUAUAAAUUUUGAAAAUUUAAAAUAAGAAAUCUUAGAAUAGAAUUCAUAAAUAAAAUAAAUAAUAACAACUUUAAAUGAUAGUCAUAUUUUCUGUUUAGAUUCAUAAGGAGCACUUAUAUCUUGGUAAAGAGAUAAGGAUAAUAAAUGGUUUAAGAAGUGGAUAUAUAUCGUAGAGUCAAAUUUUAUUCUACUUUCUCCAAAUUGUUAAUUCUUAUUUUAAGCAAAAGAUUGUACUACUUUAGAAUAACCCUUAUUUACAGAUCCAGUAUCCAACAAAUUUAGAAUCUUGUUUCAUGAUUUCUAAAAACUAUUAAAUACUAAUGAAAAACUAAAUUAUUAAUUUUAAAAAUCUCAAGUCAAUGAAAUUGUUUUUUCUUAUGAUUUAAGUGUAAUUGUAAUUAUUUCAACUUAAGAAUUUAAAAUAUUUAAUAUUAAUAAUUGGUAGUGUAUUAAAGAAUUUUAAGUAUCCUAAUCUCAUAAUAAACCAUAAAUGUCAUAAGAUAAUAAGUAUUUGGCAAGCUUUUAAGAUAUUUAAUAUAAAGACUCAAAUAAAUAUGACAGUGUUAUUAAUUUAUGGUAAAUUGAUAAUCCUAUUAAUUUAAUAAAAUUAGAAAUUAAGGAAUCUAAAUUAAAAUUAUUUUAGUUUUCUUAAGUAGAUUCAAAUCAAAUUUAUGCAUUAUAUUCAGAUGGUAUAGUUAGAGAUUGGAAUAUAAAGACAAAAACAAAUUAAGUUUUAGUUACUCUUUCUGAAACUACAAAAAAUGAUCUUAUUAUAUUUUCUAAAAGUCUAAAGUAUUUAAUUUAUUAAAGCGAAAACAAAGAAUAAAUAAUCAUAUGGAAUUUUCUAAAACAAUAAAAAUCGUCUUUAUCUGUUGGAGAAUAAUUUUAUUUAAUUGCUUGUUCUUAAAAUGAAAAUUUAUUUGCUGUUGCAAUAAAUAAAGGAAUAAAAAUUUUUAAAGAUCAAUAAGAGAGUAUAAUUUAUGUUUUUAAUGAUUUAAAUUUAUAUUAAGUAACAUAAAUCUGCUUUUCUCAUGAUGAUAAAUAAUUAUUAUUUUGCUAAGAUAAUACAAUAUAUCUCUACUAAAUAGAAGAAGAUUUUAAUAAUAAAAUUCUUGGAUGUUGGAAUGUACAAUCUUAAAUCCUUUAAUGUGUAUUUAAUUCUAAAAAACAAGAAGUAGCACUAAAAUUGAAUAAUUAAUUAAUUAUUUUAAACUUAUCCCCUUCAAUUCUUAAGUCUGAAUUAUUAAGUAUAGAAAAUUAAAAAUCUACUUGCUUUUCACCUGAUAGUAAAUACUUAGCUAGCUUAGUUCCCACUCUAUAAUUGCAAGAUAUGUAAAAUAUUCAAAUGAUCCAUAAUUUCGAAGAUUAUGAAGGAGAUUUGAUAUCAUUUCAAUCUUAAGAAAUAUUAGUAAUUGCAAAUAGGAAUAAAUUAUAAUUUAUUAAUAUUAAAAAAAUAGAUAAAAUUGUAAAAAUUAAAGAAGUUAGAUUCUAAAAUAAAAUAAUUGAUAUUGCUCUCUCUAAUAAUUAUUUAUUAAUUUAGUUUAAAGACAAUUUCGAUCAAAUUAAAAUAGCUUUUAAUAGUAUAACUAAUUUUGAGGAUAAUUAAUUCAAAGCUAUUUAUAAUUGUAAAGGAAAACCAAUAUUUUAAGAAAGUGGAAAUUACUUUGCAUUAAGUAAUUAAAAUAUUAUUAAAAUAAUUAAUGUUGAUAAAAUUUAAUAAGAGAGAUGUCUUUAAAUAAAUAAAAAAAUUAAUUAGGGCUAAUUAUUUUACUCUCAUGAUGGCAACGUUUUAUUUUUAUGUUUUGAUUAAAGUAUUUAAAUUUUAAAUUCAACUAAUUUUUAAAAAAUUUAAGAAAUUACUAUUAAUAUUUCAGCUAGUUAAAUAGAAUUUUGUUAAAGUUGGAAAUAUUUAGCCUUUAUGUGUUCUACCACUAUUUUGAUUUAUUUUAUAUCUAAUUGGACAGAUUUAGUUGAAUUUUGGACAAUAUAAGGUGAUUAAAAUGUAAUCAACUCAAUUGCUCUAUCACCAAAAGGCAAUUUUCUUCUUACAAGUGGAUAGAAUUAAUUAAAUUUUACAAAUUCGAUUGGGUUAUGGAAGGUAGAACAACGUAGAUAAAUUUGUAUUAAUGAUAAGGUAAAUGAUGAAGUAAAAGUCCUUAAAUUUUGUUUAGAUGGACUUAAUUUUGUAGCAGGUCUUUCAGAUGGAUCUGUUAACUUAUAUUCUAUUAAUAUCAAAUAAACAAAUUUCUAUAAAAAAACAUAUCUGGAACAAGAAUAGUAAUUAAAUGAUGAUACUUUACAAUUUUAGAUUAUUUGUUUUAAAUCCUUUGCUAAACAAUCAUUAUUAACUUCUUAAUUAUGCAUUUUAACAGAAUAAUCAUAAAUUAAUUCAGAAUAAAAAUCAAUCAUUGAAUUAUUUAAGCAAAAAAGAUGA